AUGGAUGAAGCUGGAAACCAUCAUUCUGAGCAAACUAUCACAAGGACAGAAAACCAAACACCACAUGUUCUCACUCGUAGGAGGAUGGUGCCCUGUCUGUCUUGUUCUCAGCUGUAUUCCCAGUACCUGGGACUGUCCCAGACACACCGUAGCCCUCCCGUGGCCCCGGACCCUCCAAGGAGACAGCGGCAGGAGCGCACGGUCUACACUCAAAGCCAGCAGGAAGUGCUAGAAAGUUACUUUCAGAACGACCAGUACCCGAACUACCACAAGCGACAGAAACUGGCGGAGGAACUCGGCCUCAAGGAGCACCAACUGCAGGUGUGGUUCAAGAAUCGCCGCGCCAAACUAGCUCGGGAGCGACGGCUCCAGCAGCAGCCCCAGCGCGUCCCUGGGCGGAGAGGCCGAGGAGCCCGCGCUGCACCCCUAGUCCCUGCAGCCGCUGCCUCCGCCCCUCAGCCGGGCCUCUCGGGAAUCCUUCCAGCGGCGGAACCCACGAUCUGCAGCCUCGACCAGGCCUGGGGUGGCCCUGAGUGCAGAGCCCAAAAGGGCAUCCCAGAUGUCCUGGGUCCAGGCCCUGGCCCAAUCCCAGCCCCAAUCCGAGGCCCAGCUCAGGUCCCAGGCCCAAUUUCAGGCCCAAUUUCAGGCCCAAUUUCAGGCCGGGUCCAGAUCCCAGGCCCACUCCUUGGCCCAAUCCCAGGCCCAGCCCAGAUCCCAGGCCCACUCGCUGGUCCACUCCCAGGCCCAAUUUCAGGCCCAGCCCAGAUUCCAGGCCCACUGCCUGGUCCACUCCCAGGCCCAAUUUCAGGCCCAGCCCAGAUCCCAGGCCCAAUUUCAGGCCCAGCUCAGGUCCCAGACCAAGCCCAGAUCCCAGGCCCAAUCUCAGGCCCAGGCCCGAUCACAGGCGAGAUUCCUGGCCUAGCCCAGAUCCCAGGCCCAGGCAGACUCGGAGGCCCAGGUCCCACCUUAAGUCCUGGCCGGAUGCCAAGCUCAGGCUCACUUCCAGGCCCAGCCCCGAUUUUAGGCUCAGGCCCAGGCUCAGUCCCAGCCCCAAUCCCAGGUCCAGGAUCAUUCCUAGCCCCAGCCCCAGUCCCCUUAUGGCCUGAGAGCCCCGAUGCCUCCGACUUCUUGCCAGACACCCAGUUAUUCCCUCAAUUCACAGAGCUGCUCCCACCCCUAGACCCCUUGGAGGGAUCCUCAGUCUCCACCAUGACCUCUCAGUACCAAGAAGGGGAUGACUCUAUGGGCCAAAAAGACUCAGGGUCUCUGUACCAAGAGGAAGGUGGCUCUGUGAAUGAAAAUGACUCAGGCCCCAGGUCAUUACUGGAUUUAUAG